CCAACAGUUGAGGCCGGGCCACUUGGCAGACAUACAGCACACUGCCCGGGGGACUCACGUAUCCAUACUCAAGCACCACUCCAUCACCCAUGGGAAUCGAGAUGAGGCGGCGCCAGGGCAGGAGGAUCCUGCUACCCAGCCUGCUCCUGCUCAUCCUCAUGAUCGGCGGCGUCCAGGCCAACAUGAAGUUGUGCGGCCGUAAGCUGCCCGAAACCCUGUCCAAACUCUGUGUGUAUGGCUUCAACGCCAUGACCAAGAGAACUUUGGACCCCGUGAACUUCAACUUAGUCGAUGGAUUCGAAGACCGCUCCCUGCUGGAAAGACUGUUGAGCGACAGCUCGGUGCAGAUGCUCAAGACCCGACGUCUUCGGGAUGGAGUCUUCGACGAGUGCUGUCUGAAGUCGUGCUCCAGGGAUGAGGUGCUGAGGUAUUGUGCUGUCAAGCCCAGAACGUAAGCCCAUGGAACUAGCCCACUGACGACACCUGCGAUGACUGGAAAGGACUGAAAGGACUUUCCCCGCCUGGGGAAAGCACUCACGUAUUCAUAGUGGUUAAGUCGUUAUCGAAGCCUACUCAAUUCCAAUUCCAAUUUCGGAUUUAUGAUAUAUAUGCACAUGUAACUGGGAUGUAUGCGCAUAAUUUAUGAUCGCAAUUCAGAGACAGGCACGCGAAAUGAAUCGGAACACGGGAUGUUAUGCAUGUAGAUAUAAUGUGCA